AUGGGACCUGGUCACCAGGGAGGCGGUACAGGUGAUGGUGUUGUACUGAUGGGACCUGGUCACCAGGGAGGCGGUACAGGUGAUGGUGUUGUACUGAUGGGACCUGGUCACCAGGGAGGCGGUACAGGUGAUGGUGCUGUACUGAUGGGACCUUGUGACCAGGGAGGCGGUACAGGUGAUGGUGUUGUACUGAUGGGACCUUGUGACCAGGGAGGCGGUACAGGUGAUGGUGUUGUACUGAUGGGACCUGGUCACCAGGGAGGCGGUACAGGCGAUGGUGUUGUACUGAUGGGACCUGGUCACAAGGGAGGCGGUACAGGUGAUGGUGCUGUACUGAUGGGACCUUGUGACCAGGGAGACGCAACAGGUGAUGGUGCUGUACUGAUGGGACCUGGUCACCAGGGAGACGCAACAGGUGAUGGUGCUGUACUGAUGGGACCUGGUCACCAGGGAGGCGGUACAGGUGAUGGUGCUGUACUGAUGGGACCUUGUGAUCAGGGAGACGCAACAGGUGAUGGUGCUGUACUGAUGGGACCUGGUCACCAGGGAGGCGGUACAGGUGAUGGUGUUGUACUGAUGGGACCUGGUCACCAGGGAGGCGCUACAGGUGAUGGUGCUGUACAGAUGGGACCUGGUCACCAGGGAGGCGCUACAGGUGAUGGUGCUGUACUGAUGGGACCUGGUCACCAGGGAGGCGGUACAGGUGAUGGUGCUGUACUAAUGGGACCUGGUCACCAGGGAGGCGGUACAGGUGAUGGUGCUGUACUGAUGGGACCUGGUCACCAGGGAGUCGGUACAGGUGAUGGUGCUGUACUGAUGGGACCUGGUCACCAGGGAGGCGGUACAGGUGAUGGUGCUGUACUGAUGGGACCUGGUCACCAGGGAGGCGCUACAGGUGAUGGUGCUGUACAGAUGGGACCUGGUCACCAGGGAGGCGCUACAGGUGAUGGUGUUGUACUGAUGGGACCUGGUCACCAGGGAGGCGGUACAGGUGAUGGUGUUGUACUGAUGGGACCUGGUCACCAGGGAGGCGGUACAGGUGAUGGUGUUGUACUGAUGGGACCUGGUCACCAGGGAGACGCUACAGGUGAUGGUGUUGUACUGAUGGGACCUGGUCACCAGGGAGGCGCUACAGGUGAUGGUGUUGUACUGAUGGGACCUGGUCACAAGGGAGGCGGUACAGGUGAUGGUGUUGUACUGAUGGGACCUGGUCACCAGGGAGGCGGUACAGGUGAUGGUGUUGUACUGAUGGGACCUGGUCACCAGGGAGGCGGUACAGGUGAUGGUGCUGUACUGAUGGGACCUGGUCACCAGGGAGGCGGUACAGGUGAUGGUGUUGUACUGAUGGGACCUGGUCACCCGGGAGGCGCUACAGGUGAUGGUGUUGUACUGAUGGGACCUGGUCACCAGGGAGGCGGUACAGGUGAUGGUGUUGUACUGAUGGGACCUGGUCACCAGGGAGGCGAUACAGGUGAUGGUGUUGUACUGAUGGGACCUGGUCACCAGGGAGGCGGUACAGGUGAUGGUGUUGUACUGAUGGGACCUGGUCACCAGGGAGACGCUACAGGUGAUGGUGUUGUACUGAUGGGACCUGGUCACCAGGGAGACGCUACAGGUGAUGGUGUUGUACUGAUGGGACCUGGUCACCAGGGAGGCGGUACAGGUGAUGGUGCUGUACUGAUGGGACCUGGUCACCAGGGAGGCGGUACAGGUGAUGGUGCUGUACUGAUGGGACCUGGUCACCAGGGAGGCGGUACAGGUGAUGGUGCUGUACUGAUGGGACCUGGUCACCAGGGAGGCGGUACAGGUGAUGGUGCUGUACUGAUGGGACCUGGUCACUAG